AUGAAUGUUAUUGUCCUCUCUAUCUACUGUUUCUUCCUUUCUUUUUCUUUCUUUCUUUCUUUCCUUCUUUCUUUCUUUCUUUCUUUCUUUUUCUUUCUUUCUUUUUUGCUUUAUUUUUCUUUCUUUCUUUUUCUUUCUUUCUUUCUUGCUUUAUUUUUCUUUCUUUCUUUUUCUUUCUUUUUCUUUGUUUCUUUGUUUCUUGCUUUCUUUUUCUUCCUUCCUUUUUCUUUCUUUCUUGCUUUAUUUUUCUUCCUUCCUUUUUCUUUCUUUCUUGCUUUAUUUUUCUUCCUUUAUUUUUCUUCCUUUCUUUUUCUUUCUUUCUUUCUUUCUUUCUUCCUUUAUUUUUCUUUCUUUCUUUUUCUUUCUUUCUUUCUUGCUUUAUUUUUCUUCCUUUCUUUUUCUUUCUUUCUUUUUCUUUAUUUUUCUUUGUUUCUUUCUUUCUUGCUUUCUUUUUCUUGCUUUCUUUUUCUUUCUUUCUUUUUCUUUCUUUCUUUCUUGCUUUAUUUUUCUUUCUUUAUAUUUCUUUUUUAUUCUUUCUUUUAUCUUUCUUUUCCUAAAAUCAAACAACUUCGUCACGCCAACGAUGUAAAUGACCAGCUUCAGAACAAUAUAGACACACUGAACGAUGACAUCGCCCGUCGCAUCGCCGAUAAUGAAAUGCUUAAAAGAAAAGUGCAGGAACUUGAGAGGCAACUCGCAGAUUGGAAGGCAAAAUACGCUCACGUCGACACUCAGUUGCAAGGACUCCGAAUUGACUUGCAAGAAGAGACUUGUCAACGCCUGGCAGAAAGCACACGUGCCCAGGCCCUGGAGGAAGAACUGAAUUUCUUGAGAUCUGUCACUGACGCCGAAAUCAAAGAAUACAAGGCAAUGUUAAUGAAGGAGGAUACUGUACCCCAGAUGCGUGAUUACUGGACCAAUGAACUCUCUAAAUGUAUGAGGGAAAUCAGGGAAGAAUACGACAACCAACUGAAUCUUCUCUCAGCUGACUUGGAAUCCAAAUAUCAAGUUCAGCUUAAUGAAAUUCGUCUUGGCGCCACAAAGGGUAACGCGGAAAGUGCGCAGGCAACUGAAGAAAACAGACGACUCCGUUCUCAAAUCACUGACAAGGAUUCCCGUCUGAUGGAUCUUCAAUCUCAGAUCGAUAAGCUGAAUGCUCAAGUCCACCUCUUGACCAGCGAACUGGACAGCACGACUGCAGAGCUGGACAACGAGAAGACCUUGAGACUUUCCGAAGUACAAAAACUCAACAUGGAAUUGGAAGGAGUCAUCAAGGAACUGCAGUUGUUGAUGGAUGCCAAACUGUCCCUAGAGUUAGAGAUUGCUGCCUAUCGCAAACUCUUGGAGGUUGAAGAGAACAGACUCAGCAUUGGAGGCAUGACACAGGUUGUCGGCGGAUUCCGUGGACAAACAGAAGAUGCCCUUGCUAACAUUCUUGAAAGAUCUAGUCAGAGCUUCGAGGCUUCCUCGAGCAUAGGCGAGUCUGGUAAGUGA